CAGCCGUGUCUCCGAGGGGGUUACACACGCACAUCAUUCGGGUGAGGGAAGCAGAGUAGGAAGAGAGAGGGAGGGGUAUAGGAAGUACAAAAGAGACGGACAGUAAGAAAGAAAGAAGUGGGGCAGUGUACUGUUUGUUUUCGUUGUUUUUGCAUUGGAUAACAUUUAAAGCUCAUCAAACACUGAGAGAAUCCGAUCUUCUAUCAACCGGUAAUUCAGAGGAUAUUUGAGGACUAUGGCGGCGGUAACAAGCCCAGAGUCGAGCCAGCAAGCUCGCGUUUAUUUCCAGACGCCCACCGGCUCGACUGAAGAAGCCGAAAUCCCGGUGCGAAAGGCAGGACGGGUCACGGUGAAAUACGACAGAAAAGAGUUGAGAAAGAGACUUAAUUUGGAUGAGUGGAUUAUUGACCAGCUAACGGAUCUCUACGACUGUGAGGAGGAAGCGAUUCCAGAGCUGGAGAUUGAUGUAGAUGAACUAUUGGACAUGGAGAAUGAUGCAGACCGUGCUGCUCAUGUCAAGGACCUGCUGGUAGACUGUUAUAAGCCAACUGAAGAGUUUGUAGCUGAAUUGCUUGACCGGAUCCGUGGGAUGCAGAAGCUCAGUACACCUCAGAAGAAAUAAAGCUCCACUCCUCCCCAACCCAUCCCUUCAUUCCCAGUUUAAGGGGUGUGAGUACCCCUGAGCAGGUGCUCUUCCAACCCCAUCGCUCCUUUGCAUCCGUUGGGGAGAAAGUGGAGGCUAAGUUUUGAGAAGUCUAGCCAAUCGGAUCCUUAUAAGCAGGGCUUAUUUUUCUCGUUUUGUUAACUUUAUUUUAUUCUAUUUCACUUUUUUGUAAAGGGGGAAAGAUUUAAUUGUUUUGAAGUGUUUGUAGACGUGAUAUUUUCAUAUUGUUGUACAUCUCUGUGCAUAUUUGUCUCGAUGCAUAGAAUGUUUUUUUUUCUGAUUUAGUUAUAUGGAUUUUUGUUAGAAUUUUUAUUUAGUUUCAGAGCUCUCUGUGAUGUCACAAAGGACACAUGAACUUAAUUUUGCUGUUGUUUGUAAAACUUUGAUGAUCUUUGGUAUUUGAUGAGGUCAGAGGAGCUCAGAAAAAAGCGGCCUUGACUAUUUAUUGUUUGUUUUUGCUUCUCCUCUUCCUAUUAAAAUUGAUAAUUGCUCAGUUAAGGGCUUAAGCACGAACAUUCAUGAAACGUUUUCAUUACUUGUAAAGUGAGCAAAUGACGCUGUUGUAAAAGGGAUGGAGUUACUUUGUGGUUUUUACAGAGGGAGGGAGCUGUGUAGAAGAAAAUAUCAGGCUUUUAAAUUUCUUGUUUUUUCUUGCCUACACACACCCUCUGAAACUCCUGGGAACGACCACCCUCAGGGAUCAAGAGAAACAACCACACGUGCACACAUCAUCUGUGUUUCUUUACACACAUCUCAGAUAUGCACGUUGGUGAGAGACACACAGACACGCUCAUGAAAGACAAGUUGCAGUGCGUAAUUCAAGAUGCCUUUCUGAAUUAAUCCUCUCACGUGACUCCGCUAAAUCAUCUUAGGAAGCCAUCUGCUCUUUUUGUCUCAGCCAAUCAAAUGCUAUAAUAAGAGGGCUAAUAGUCACGCUCUGUGCUUGUACCAUUUAAACAUUUACAGCUAGUGUUUAAAUAGAGAUGUUCUCACCUCACACAAGGUUAUUGCUGAUAUUAAUUCAUAUGUGAGAUGUCCAUCCUCAUAACUACCGAGUUUAUUUGUAGAUCACAUGACAGCAGGUACAAUGACGGUUAUCUAGCACUUUUAUUGCACAGCUCCCAUUCUUCUCUCUCUGCAACACCGUUAAUCUUUCUUCCAUCUGCUAACUUAUUAUUUCUUCUACCCCCACUUCUCAUUUUCUCUUUUUGUUUCACCUGCUCCUCAAGCAUUUCAUUUUACCUGAAAAUCACCCUUUCUACUUUCAGAUGUUGCCUUAAGUUACGUUUAUGUUAUGAAAACCAAAUGAAUUUAAACAUUUGUAUGAGGAAUAUACAACAAAAAGUAAAGAAAAAACAUUACUUGGAAAACUCUUUUUGAUGGUGUGGGAUACAAAAUCCUUGUGUACUUUCAAUUCAGUUUUUUUAGGAAAGAAAGUUAGCUAUAUCGCACAGAGGGAUUUUUAGAUGACAUGAAGUGGAAUUGUAUGUUUUUAUCAUUGUCAUGUAAUGAUAAUGUUUUUUCCUCUUUUCAUUGUCUAUCGAGACAUGAGGAUUAAAAACGAUGAACUGCACCUAAAAGAAACAAGUGUAAGAAUUAGGAUAAAAUGUAAAAACAAUUGUAUUCAAGGUCACCUUUUUGUAGAAAAAAGUAUCUACUAGCAAUACUUGUUUUUUUUUUUUGCCCAAUUUUGUUACACUUUUAUGCAACUUUAAUAAAAUUUUGUUAAAUUACA